AUGAGUAAUAAACCAGACAGAAGUGAAGUUAAAAGCUUCGACGUCAGCAAGCUCAAGCAUAUUGAAACUACGGAAAAGAAUCCUUUGCCAUCUGACAAACCUAAUAUUUCUGAAGUUACGAAAUUCGAUAAAUCCAAACUCAAGCACACUGAAACUUCGGAGAAGAAUCCAUUGCCAACAAAAGAGAGUAAAUAA